AUGGGUCUCAAAGCCAACUUCGAGGAGAUACCAACGCUCUUGGCACCACCAUCGUAUCUUGACAGCACGUCCGACGAUCAUGUCCAGCUGAGUUCGAGGCAAGAAUCACACAGGAACACGAACAUUGCUCCGCGUUACAUUGCUUGGAAGCUCAUCCUGAGAACUCUGAUAGGAUCGGCUCAGACCAUAGCACUGCAGGAUUUGGACCAAGAGGAGGAGCGAGCCGCAGCGCUGCUAGAUGUCCUUUCUAAUAUCAGGCUUGUAUCUCGACUGCUCUACUCGGUCUCCAUGUCGCUAUUGCGGCCAAUGUACUUUGCCGAGUACCUGAAAGCAAUUCAGGCUACCGUUUACUCGACCAACCUCGAAAGCAGCUCUCUGGACCAGCCCUGCCGUGAGACUCGCGUCUUAGAUCACUACAUCUCGUAUCGCAUUCAACGGCGUCAUCUUGCAUCGCAGUCCUCACUCCUCCUCAACAACGACGACAUCGAGUCUGACCAACGUCAAGUCUCCCGAGACCUCUUCAAGUGGUUCCAACCACAGACUUACAUGGAGGAUGAGAUCGGAAAAGUCCUUCACUCGUCCGCUGCGCCGUCCAAUGCUGUUCGCUUUGAGGAUCUCUUGGUGAGAUUCCACUUCACGAGGGCGGCCAUCACCUUGCCUUUUGCCGUCGAAUCGACGCCACUCAGCUCAUCGACGUCUGCACCGACAAUCGUAAGGAAAGAGUGCGUAUCACUGGGCAGGGCUUCCAACGAACCCGUCUUUGUGACCGCACACCGCCUUUUUGACCAGCUCAAUCGUUUCAUCUUUGUGAGAAAGACAUAUGGAAGCAAGACAUGGUACGAGAUCGUGGGUCAGACCGGAUAG